CAUACCCAUUUGUCUCACCCCGGCCGGAAUUGAACCCAGGCCCCUUUCUGUUGUGAGACUUUUUAUCAGAGAGGUAGAAGGUGGCUGCACUGAGUCAGUAUGGCUGGCAGUAACAUCGUCUCCCGUCUUGUGUUUUGGACGGUAAGAAGCAAGAAAAAGAGAGGAAAUAAUGUUAAUUGGUUGUGGUGGUUGGGGAUCCUGGGCCUACAAGAUGGUGGGUUGGUUGCUUGUGUUCAGGGGUGGUCGCUGACUACACUCACUAACAUUACUCGACCCCCUGCACUCUUUCCCUGUAAUAUCUGCCAGUGGCUAUCACUCUGCUUGCAGAUUUUCAUGUUAUGGUGAGGUGAGUGUGUGUGUGUGCGUGUGCAUGUGAUGCAGGGAUCGUGUUGGUCAACAUUUUAUCCAGCAAACGGUAUAGACGCAACAGUGGACCAGACAUUCCCAAAUUCCAGAGGAGGGUGGCAUGGAGGCUGCCAGGCGGGCGGGCAGCCUGGCCGCCAGCUCGGCCCGGCCGCCUGGCAGCCUCGCGAUUGGCCAGGGCGCGACUGCCCCGCCUCCUGCUUGCUGGCCGGGGCUCGGGUCCGCGCCGCCCCCAGUUCUUCUUACGAGGUGGUGAGGUGAGGGAGUCCGCGCAGCCCUGCCCUAGGAUCAGUCAGUGUUGUAGUGUGAAGUGAUGAUGUGUUGUGGUGGUGAGUGUGGGCGGGGUGUAGCGUGACCAUGAGCGGUGUCACACCGCGGCAGUGUGCAGGGGGUGACUCGCAGGGCGGCCACCGGCACUGCCCGCUCUGCCGACCAUGACCAUGCAGGCCGCCAUCAUGCUCAGACUAGUGUUAGUGUUAGUGCUACAGUGCCUGUUGACUAAUGGGCAAGGGCCAGGGCCAGGGCCUGGGUCUGAUGGGGUCUUGGAAGGAGGGCUGGACAAGAUGCAAUCACGAGCUGUGGAUACGCGUGUCAAAUUCUCCGUGAUGGAGGGCCAUCCAGCCAAUACCUUCGUGGGUGUCAUCCCCCUCAAGCCUGGCUUCACUUAUCGCUUCAAUGAGGCGCCCAGAGAGUUCACCCUCAAUGGUACCACUGGGGAGAUACGCACCACUGGCGUGUUGGACCGAGAGGCUCUCGACACAGACCGCUUUGAUCUGGUGGUAUUGUCGUCCCAACCUACCUACCCUAUCGAAGUUCGCAUCAACGUAAUCGACAUCAACGACAAUUCGCCUAGGUUUCCAGAGGCGUCGAUCCAUGUCACCUUUUCUGAGAGUGCCAACGCUGGCACCAGAGUCAUCCUCGACACCGCUACUGACGGAGACGCUGGCGACAACGACAUUACCACUGAUUACAAGAUCGUCGACGGUAACGAGGAUGGCAAGUUCAAGCUUCAGGUUACCAUAAAUCCUUCAGGAGAGACUCCCUACUUACACCUGGAGACCACGGGCAAGCUGGACCGGGAGACACGGGCCAGCUAUCAACUUAAUAUUUCCGCACAAGACGGAGGUACUCCGCCUAGGUUCGGAUUUUUACUAGUCAACGUGUCCAUCCUAGAUGUGAAUGACAACCCUCCCAUCUUUGACCACAGUGAUUACAUAGUAUCCCUGAACGAGUCUGUGCCUCCUGGCACGUCGGUGCUACAGGUCCAGGCGACGGACAACGACGUGGGGGAAAAUGCACGUCUCACGUAUUAUUUGUCGGAGACGGAGACGCAGUUCACGGUGGACCCGGAGACCGGCAUCAUCAGCACCAUGGAGCCCCUCAGCUGUCAUCAGAAUUGUCAGCAGUUACAACCAUGUCCGAAGAGUUGUGUGUUUACAGUGUUCGCUAGAGAUCAUGGCUCGCCGCUGCAAGAUGGCCGUACUUACGUCACCGUUAACCUGCUGGAUGCCAAUGACCACGACCCCGUCGUCAGUUUCAGGUACUUCCCCACCACAGCUGACUUUGCAACCGUCGACGAAAAUGCUCAGAACGGGUCCGUGGUCGCUGCUGUCUCCGUCAUAGACGCUGACGAAGGCCCAAACGGGGAAACUACAGUAGAGAUACGAGCUGGUAACGAACUUAAUCACUUUAGGCUUGAUUCAAAAUCAGGUUUCGACAUAGUGCGUGUGAAUGGUGUCUUAGAUCGUGAAAAAAUUAGUAAAUAUAACGUGACUAUUGUAGCUACAGAUAAGGGAACGCCACCAAGGUCCUCAACAGCUUUUCUCAUUAUUCACGUGAAUGACAUUAAUGACCAUGAACCAGUGUUUGAAAAGAGUGAAUAUUCUGCGGUUCUGAGUGAACUUGUUCCUAUUGGCACUUAUGUGGCUGGCAUCACCGCUAACGAUGAGGACACUGGUGUUAACUCUAACAUAUAUUAUGCUAUCGUGUCUGGUAAUGAUAACCAGUGGUUUGAUAUCGACUUACAAAGUGGCCUCAUCACCACCAAGGCACCGCUCGACCGCGAGGUGAAGGACUCAAUCGACCUCAAGAUCUCUGCUCGUGAUGGUGGUCCCAACCCAAAGUGGGCGUAUACUCAUCUUAAAAUAUCAAUUCUGGAUGAAAACGACGAGAAACCGACCUUCUCACAGGAGCGGAUCAACGUGAGUCUGUCUGAGAACACUCCACCUGACACCUUGGUCACACUGGUUUUGGCCGUUGACCAUGAUCAAGGGACGAAUGGCAGCGUCUCCUACAUGUUCGACCAAGACGUCGAACAUAAUUAUCCUGGGAUAUUCGCUCUUGACGUAUCAUCGGGUCGACUCACCACCAAGACGAAGUUAGAUCGAGAGGCAAUGCCCCAGUAUGAAAUUAAGGUUGUAGCUAAGGAUCAGGGUAUUCCUCCACUGUCAUCUACCGCAACCGUUGUACUCGACGUGCAAGAUGUCAACGACAACAGUCCAGAAUUUUACCCACAGAAGUACUUUGUGGUGGUGCCUGAAGACCUGCCUCUUGGGUCGUCCAUCCUGCAGGUUUCAGCGACAGAUAAGGAUAUUGGAGAGAACGCUGUUACCACUUAUGAAAUCAAUAUCGGGGAGGACAAUGAUAACACUUUUGAGAUAGAUCGAGAGACAGGUGUGUUAAGCUUAAGUGGUCGUCUAAGCCACAUCAGAAAAGCGCAGUAUCGCUUAACAGUAGCUGCAAGAGACACCGGGGAUCGUAAGGCAGUGGAGGAUGCUACUGUUGACAUUGUGGUGGAAAGUAACCAAAUAGAACUGUUGGAGUUUGAGCAGAGUGAAGGCUACAGAUUUUCUCUUCCAGAAGAUGUUGGUAAAAAAGAGCCGACCGUUGGUCGAAAGGUGGGCGUUGUGAGUGUACUGAAUCCAGCUUCUGUCGGAGAGGUCAGUUAUGCUAUUAUCGCCGGCGACCCUGACAAGGUAUUUUCCAUCGAUGAGAGAACUGGUGUUAUAAGUACAGCGAGAAGAAUUGACCGUGAACAAGCAGCUUAUUACCACCUCCGGACGGUAGCAACGACCUCCUCGGCCUAUGGACGAACUUGGGUGAAUGUAACUGUGGAAGACGUGAACGAUAACCCGCCCAAGUUCCCAAUAACUAGAGCUUACGCUACAGUGGCUGAGAACUGGCCUGUGGGACACCAAGUUUAUCUAGCUCGUGCUUACGAUACUGAUUAUGGGGAAAAUAGUAAAAUAACUUACAAUCUUUCAAAUAAUCCCGAUGAUUAUUUUACAAUUUCUAGAACGAGUGGCAUGAUCUACCUAAACAAGCCUGUUAAAUAUAGCAAAACAAGCAAUUUUCGACUUGAGGUGGCGGCGUCAGAUGCUGGGACUCCAUCACUGACGUCUCGCCAGAUCGUCACCAUCUCGGUAGAAGACGUCAACGAUCAUACGCCAAUCUUCGAACAUGGAUCAUACGAGACAUCGUUGCUGGAGUCCACGCCAGUAAACGACAGAUUCUUCGCCCUCACUGCUUCCGACGAAGAUGAUGGCAUGAACGGCUUUGUUUCUUACGAUAUAACUGAAGGUAACGAAGAACGUAAGUUCGGCAUCUUUCCUGAUGGUUAUCUCUACGUGAAAAGUUCCCUGGAUCGCGAGGCUCAGGACUAUUUUGCUCUGACCAUUGUUGCCAGAGAUCACGGCACUCCACCUCGAUCCUCCACUGUGUCUGUCGUCAUUCACGUUAUUGAUGAGAACGACAACUCGCCAGUAUUCACAAACUCUACCUUCACGUUUUACCUGGACGAGAAUGAGCCUCCAGACACAUAUGUAGGAAAACUAACAGCCGCAGACAAGGAUAAAGGCAGGAACGCAGAGCUCACAUAUUCCAUUGCUACAAAUCAAAAUGAUUUUGUUGUUGAUCCUAAGAGUGGUUUUCUGAAGACUUUACACUACUUUGACAGAGAACAGCUUGUUCAGACGAUUGGUCUAGAUUAUAUCACAAUGGAAGCAGUAGUUCUAGACAAUGGUAUCACGCGCCUGAGGGACAAGGCCAAAGUCAACAUCUACAUCACCGACGUUAAUGACAACCCACCCAGGUUCCUGAGGAAACCUUACAAAGCACAGGUACCCGAGGGGGCUUCCGUCAGCACGCAGGUGAUCCGCAUAUCCGCCACGGAUGCCGACGAAGGCCUCAACGGUGAUGUUGUAUAUACCAUCAUUGACGGCAACGAGGAAGGUCGCUUCAAGGUGGAUGAGACCACAGGUCAAGUGAUACUAGCACGUCCUCUAGACCGGGAGUCAACACCUCGUUAUCUACUGACGGUGGCAGCCGCCGACCUUGGGAGUCACAUGGGUCUAACUGCCACUGCCACACUCACGGUUGACGUUCUUGAUGAAAACGACAAUGCUCCCGAAUUUACACAGAGUGAAUCAGAAAUUUCGAUUGUGGAAACGACACCUGUCAACACCGUACUAGUGCAGUUUCAAGCGUCAGAUGCAGAUUUGGGAGUGAACAAAGAAGUAUCAUUCAUGAUUGGAGGAGGGAACAUGCAAGAAGCCUUCCGUAUUGACACCAAGACCGGAACAUUAUACUUGGAGAGGUUGCUGGACUUUGAGAAACAAAGUCUGUAUAAGCUAAAUAUAACAGCAGCAGACGGAGGUUCUCCUCGUCUAACGUCAACUAUCUCGUUCGUGGUUCACGUGCUGGAUUACAAUGAUAACCCACCAUCCUUCCCUAAUACAGCGAUCUGGCGACGGAUAGAGGAAGGUAUUGCACCCAACACACCCAUUGUAACUGUCACAGCUGAAGAUCCUGAUUCUGGCGAAAAUGGAAAAAUUAAAUACACUAUCAAAAGUCAAGAGCCACCCGGUAUGCACUUUUCUAUCGACGAAAACACUGGGAAUGUAUCAACACUGAAGGACAUUGAUCGCGAGUUUUCCGAUACCUUUCGCCUCACUGUAGUGGCGACUGAUCAAGCAGAAGCAAAGUCAGCACGCAGGUCGGCCGAGAAGCUGGUGACUGUCAUCGUGGAAGACAUGAACGAUAACGCCCCUCGCUUCGUCUCCAUGAACGCUGGCAUCCUGAAGGAGAGCUCUCCUGCAGGGACGGAGAUCAUGCGUGUAUCAGCACGGGACCUGGAUGCUAAUACAAACGGUUUAGUAACAUACGACCUGGUGGCCGGAGACAAGGAUAUCUUCCACUUGGAUCGUAUAACCGGGUCACUUUCUGUGCUGCAGGAGGUGACAAGCCCACAGAUAUUGUAUCGAGUUACGGUUCGUGCUACUGACGAAGCUGUGCAGUCCCAACGGAAGUCUUCUGACGCUUAUCUGACCAUCCUCAGCGCUUCGUCCCAGGAGGGACCAAAAUUCACUCAGAGUUCGUACUCUGGAUCAGUACUCGAGAGCUCGAGUAUCGGCACUUCCGUCUCGACAGUGAGUGCCCGCCUGGGCUCUAACGCGCUCACGGAUAUAGCUUACUACGUGGUGAAUGUAACAGGGGCUGACGGUGAGCCCAUGGACCGUAUGUUCACCAUGCAGCAACAGGGAGUAGUGGUCACGGCUGCCGUGCUUGACCGUGAAGAUGGUCCCAACAACUAUGUGAUCACCGUGGCAGCAGUGGUCACACAGGGACUUACACCAAGACUCUCCACCACUCAGGUGAGUCACAAACUUACACUCAACUCACCAACUCUUGAAAUAAGAAAGUCAAAUUGGUUUGCGUGUACAUAACAUAAAUAUUGACUGUGGUCUUGAAGAGACAUUACG